AUGGAACGGUUAUCACGACUCCUCGGCUGCCUGCUGCUGGCAAUCCUUCCCUUCGCUGCGGCCCUCAAAUUCGAUCUCCACCCUGUCUCAGCACACGACGCAGCCAAGUACGAGCGAUGCGUGCGAAACUUCGUCGCGAAGGAUCAGUUGGUGGUUGUGACGGCAAUCCUAGAUGGGUAUAGGGGAGAUGGGCAAAGGGUGGAUAUGCAUAUUCGCGACGCAAUGGGCAAUGACUACCACCGCCCCAAAGACGUCGUCGGCGAAAACCGCUACGCCUUCACCUCACACGCUGACUCGGCCUUCGACGUCUGUUUCGAAAACAUCUACACCUCCACACCCUCCUCGUCUAUCAACCCGCGCCACGUUGAGCUCGACAUCGAUAUUGGAGCCGACGCUAAAGACUGGAAUGCCAUCCAGGCCGGCGAGAAGCUGAAACCGGUUGAGGCUGAAUUGCGGAGGAUUGAGGAGGUAGUUGGCGAGAUUGUUACGGAGAUGGAUUAUCUGAGGACAAGGGAGCAGAAACUGAGGGAUACGAAUGAGAGUACGAAUGAGCGAGUCAAGUGGUUUGCGCUCGGCACCAUGGGAAUGUUGGUUGGCUUGGGAGCGUGGCAGGUUGUUUACUUGAGGGCCUAUUUUAGGAGCAAGCAUCUCAUCUAG